AUGAAGACGGGAGAAACCUGCUACUGUGACUUGUGCGUCGAAACGGCUGCCACCCUCUGUAAGCCGUGGGUUCGUCUUGACGGAGGAGCAUACACUGAAAACCAGAUCAAGCAAAGAGAACAGUACAAAACCAGCAGCCGUUCGUCCCCCUCGAAAACGCGCGAUACAAGGAUAUAUUUCCUAGAAUUCUGCAAAGCCUCCCUAAUCCGCGACAAAAAGAUUUCGGAAAACAUCACGACUCCAAACUUGGUCGCAUUCUGCAGGCAGGAAGACCAUCUGAUGCCCCUUGCAUACCGAUAUUUGCGAAGUGUAGCAAAAGCGAUAGAGUGGUAUAACACCCCCGAAGAAGGGGAAGGUACCUCACAGCACUGGCACCUAUUCGUGGCUCAUGCACAAAACCUAUGGCUUGUCCUCGAAAAGGAAAUGCAAAGCUUGCCCCGGGCGGCAUGUUCCGAGAUUGAAUACAACCAGAAGGUCUUGGGCAUCGCAAACGAGUUUCACUUCAGAGACGAACACCUUGCAGAAACGCAUCCUGACGGCUAUGAGACGCAUGGGCAUGAAAUGCUUAAGCCAAGUGAAGUGGUCUCCGGUUUAGGAUUGCGAGAUUUGCGACAAGACACUCCGAAGGAGGAUCAGCUCGGGGGGCCGAAGGCGCAGCAUCCUGAACAAGGGUAG